AUGUCUGUAUGCGGUAGUCAGGAUGCCAGCUCGGAGCAGGACAGCACUACCAAGUUUGAUUUCAUCAAUGCUUCGAUGUCCCCGGAGGACGUACGGGAUGCCGUAUGCAAGGAAAUCGAGAUGCGACAUGCGGCGAUGCUCGCCCUGCAUGAAGACAUCGCGCAGGAAACCGAGCUGUGGCCCACGGCGGUUCUUAACCUGCACAAGGAAAUUUCCCAGCUCUGGUCUAUCCACAAUCUCGUCGCCCCCGUCAACUCGCUUCCGCCCGAACUGCUCAACAUGAUUUUCUCGCUGGCCGGCGACGACCUGGUCAGCGUGACGCAUGUCUGUCAGCACUGGCGCGACGUCGCACUACACGCUCCCGGCCUCUGGACGCACGUCGGGCAUACGAGCCCUGAAGGCGUGAAGACCUACCUGCGACGUUCUAAAGGGCUCCCGCUAGACAUAUCCCUCACGGUCCUGGAGAUUCCGACUGUGGGCACUCUGCGCGCUCUCACCGCGGAGAUACAUCGCACGCGCAGUCUCCGCGUUACCCUCCCACCGUCGGCAGGCCUGCGGCUCGUCACGCAGAGCCUGAUGUUGCUCAGCCCGCAGCUGGAGGUGUUGUCUAUCAGGGACUGCGGCUCCCCACUUGGUGUCCUUCCGCCCUUACCUCGUGCUCCUUCUCAGGGGCGUCCGGCUGAUUUCGACGGCGCGCCUUUAAUACGCUCGUUGACGCUCAAUAGUGUGCCUUUGCCCUAUUUACCCAGGGGUCCCAGCUUGUUAACAAACAUCGAGCUCACUGGCAAAGAAUGUGUCGGAGACGCUCUGCUGGUACUCGAUCUCCUGGAACGCAGCCCGUCCCUCGAAAGGCUGAAGAUCUGCGGUCCGUUCAAUCACCGCGGACUCGUGCUAGACCGACGCCGCACAGUCUCUCUCCCACGUCUCAAGCGUUUCAAAGUGCGUGGGCGCUUCCCGACGGGUGUCGGCAUGUUUCUCGCGAGUCUUGUCCUUCCAUCGCAGACCGAUAUUAUGGUUCACAAAGAGUGGAGUCACGCUCGCCUGCAGUCACCGCUUGCCGACCUCGUCCCUGCGUACAACCCAGGAAACGUCAAGCUGCACUCUCUCCGAGGCCUCAAGCGACUUGAGCUUUCGUGGGGAUACGGAUAUGGCGGCGGCCUCACUCUACGGGCCUAUCGACACAGCGAAGACUUCCUCACGCCGGUGCUUGAUCUACAGGUGUACGGCAACGAGGCUCCGGGCGAGCGGUUCAUCGCGAACUGGCCCGUCGACGCGUCGCACCUCGAGACCCUUGUCAUUUGCGGCGGCGUGGAUCCUAAUAGUCGCUCCGUAUGGGAUCGGGGCGACCACGGCAUCACGCGGGAGCAGUGGGCGGCAAUGCUUGCCUCGGUGCCUAUGCUGAAGAGGCUACGAUUAAUGUCGGUGAACGGCGACACGCUCGAGGGGUUCGCACUGGCCAUGCGGCUAGCGCCGGACCAGGUGCCGCCACUUUGUUUGCAACUGGAGACGCUCGAGCUGUUCGACGUCGACCCCAAGGCAUAUUUCUGGGACACCAUGAAGAGUGCGGUCAUGGCCCGCUCUACCGCGGUGGAGGGACGACUUAGCGAGGUGGAGCUGUUCAAUACGGGCUCGGCGACAUGGAACGCGCCGGCCUCGUCGUCACUCUCGAAGAUGGGGGUGAAGAUCAUACGUGACGCGGAUUCGGACACACAGAAGAUAUCACAGAGACUGGCGAAGCCUAAUGUACAGUGA